CAUGUGAUUGCCCCACCAGAGCCAGUUGUACAGAAACGUGGGGCGGGAUUACUGCUCGAGAGGAAGAAGAGAAUACGAAGGGAGACAGAAAGGGGUUAGGAGGGGGGACACAGAGGAGCUACAACUCAGCACAAGAUGGCUUCGGUUCCCUUCAGCCCAGCUCCUGGAGAGUCACCCUGUUUGCCAAAGAGGCAUAUACUUUUGCUGGGGUAUCGUGGCUCAGGCAAGACCUCAUCCUGUGCCACGAUGACUGGCCAAGAGGACCUACAAGCCAGACCACACACUGAAGAAUCUGUUCUUUGCACAAAGACAUUUGACAACAGGCUCCUUCUUGUGGUGGACACUCCUGGAUGGAACAUGGAUGAUGAAGGUGCAGCAGGAGAAAAGCUGGACAGCCAGCACACCACAGUGGCCCACAUCAGGCACCUGUGUUAUCCCGGCAUUCAUGCUGUGCUACUGGUGGUGCCAAUCGGAGAGCCGUUUACUGAACACCACAAAAAAGACAUGGUGAAGCGUGUGGAGGCAUUUGGGUUAGACGUAUGGAAAUUUUCUUUAGUAUUGUUCACAAAGGCAGACAGGCUCUGGGGCAAUGGUGUAGAAGAGUUUAUUACAGAUGGAGGAAAGCCACUUCAGAGACUGGUGGAGAGGUGUGGGAACCGAUACCAUGCGCUGGACAACACCUGCCCUGACAAUAGCACACAGGUUAAUGAGCUUGUGCAAAAGUUGGAAGAGAUAGUGCAGGAAAAUGAGGGAUCCUUCUUUGCAUUGAAUGAAAGAGUUGAGACCCCUUCAAGUGAAUGCAUGCGGCAAGGAGAAGCAGAAGAGCGAACGAUCACAGGUGAUACAGAGAUGACAUCACCAAUGUUUAGAUCACCACCGCGAGAGUUGCGCCUGCUGUUAGUGGGAUGGCAAGGCUCUGGCAAAAGUUCAGCAGGAAACAUGAUCUUGGGUGGACGCAAGUUUGAAUCAGGUUGUCAUACUGAAGUCUCUUUGCGCCGCCAGGCCCACGUUAAUGGGCGCCGUGUGACAAUAGUAGACACACCAGGCUGGGACUGGUUUUCUGUGCAUCGCACUCCUCGUCACAUCAAAAAGGAAAUCAAAGGAGGAGCGAGGCUGCUUUACCCUGGACCACAUGCUCUACUGCUGGUCAUCCCUGUCAUCUCAACCCUCACUUCCAGGAAAAGACGGGCCCUGGAGAGCCACCUGGAGUUGUUUGGUGAGGACGCUUCGCUCCACACCAUGGUACUGUUCUCCUGUGGUGAUUGGCUAGGCUGCACACCAAUCGAGGAGCAUCUCCAAAAGGAUGGUGGGCAAUUGUUGAGUCUGAUGGAGCACUGCCUAAACUACUACCAUGUGUUGGAUAGCACCAAUGCAAACAGGGGUCAAGAACAGGUGGGUGAGCUUCUGCUCAAAGUGGAAGAAAUGGUGGCACAGAAUGAAGAACAACCGUUCUUGCCUGUCAAAUUGUAUGAAGAACAGGACGAUGAAGCAUCAUGUGAGAAAUGCUCUCUGCAAUAAGAAACCAAAAGACCAGCCCUGUUGAACCACAAAAUGUGCACACUGCUAAUUACCUGAUUACCUUCAUAUUCAAGUAGGAUUUAUUUUGCAUUAGGAAUAUGAUAAGCAUUAGGAAUAUGAUAUUUUGCUGCAAUUAUUUAGUACAAAAUAAAAAAGUCAAUUUAAAGACAGGGUCAAUAAUAUGGUCAUAAGGGUUUAAGAAGAUACUUGAAUUAGUAGAAUUAUGUACUUGAGAGAGGUGCGCUUUUAAAUUACAUUUUUUAAAAUACAUAAUACUCUCAUUAUUACGUAUCCAAAGCACUUUAUUUUUCUGUAUUGUAAGUGUAUAAAAUCAAGAGACAAGAUGCAUGUUUUGGCAGUUUACUGACAACAUGCUUCAUCAUUGCCAUUGUGUCUUACAGCACAUUCUUUUAGAAGAAAAGUUUCGAAAUGAAUUUUGUGACAUGAGUAUAAAUACUGCACUGUUUGUAAUUUUCGUUAAAACUCAUUAUUAAACUGAAAUAGUGGUAGGGCAUAUGAAGGAAAGAAAUAUAUUGCUACUGUGACAAAGCUCAAAACCUGAAUAUGCAGUAGCAUUGUAAUAAAUAUCAGGGCAUUGUGUGCCUCACAGCAAUCAUCACUGUUAGUCUUCGUACGGCAGUUAUCCAGCCUAAAAUUCAGCACUUAUAUUUAGGUGUCAAACCUAAUAACAUUUUGCUACAGCAUAUUUUUGCACGCACUAUUUAAAAAGAAAUAAAGUUGACACUUUACAAGA